AUGACGUCUAUCCCGCCCGAGAAGUCGCCCAAGCCAGGCCUGAACAUCUAUGGAUGCCCUUCCUUGAAUCCGGUGAAGUUGACCAUCGCUGCGGAGGAGCUGAGGAUCGUUACUUACAACUUCAUCAACAUGGACAUGGGCGCUGGAGAGCUCAGCGCUGAGUGGUUCAAAGCCAUGAACCUCGACGGACGCGCGCCUGCGAUCGUGCACGUCAAGGAGGACGGCACAUCUGUGACAGUCUUUGAAAGCGCUUAUGUGCCGGAUGCCAUCCGUCGCUGGAUUUUCGUGAUGUGGGCGCUCAUAGGCUGGAUUCCGUAA